AUGCCCAUCUACCAGCAUAAGCAGAAGCAGAAACAGCCUCCCCUGGCCUGCAUCAUGGUUAGCCAGCCAGAGCCGGAGCCGCCCGUGGCUCCCGGGCUGCCGACAGCGGUGGACGAUGCAGCCGCGCUCGACCGACGGAGCUCGCUGCUGCUGCCGCUGCCCGCUGUUACCCCCCUGCCCUGCGCCGUAGAUGCCGAAUCAGCCAGCGCCUCGCACAUGCCCUUGACAUGCCGCAGAACAACCGGCAGCAGCGUCAUCGCGUCGCCGUUGACACCGCCGUUGGAAGCCUUGUUUGCUUCUGAAAAGGUGGACGUGGAGGCGUGGGAUGACGAAGGCGCGCGAUGCGAAGCGAUCGCCGCCGCUGCAGUUGCUGGUACGGCAGCUCCCCCCGGCCCGGAAGUUCGCGAAACAGCGUUCGGUCGAUUUCCCGGAACCACCGCAACGGAGGACGAGGUCGACUCAAUGAGCAGAUCCCUGAAGGGCUGCAAGUACGACGGUAACGAUGUGGCGCUAGUGGCGGCGGCGCCACUGCCUGGCGGGCCCCGCGGCGAACCCCCCGUGGACGGCGCUGCUGUAGCGGCACCGCCGCCGCCGCCGCCGGGGGCAGGCGUCGAUGCAGUUGAAGUGACAGAGGCGCACGACGGGGAUACCACAAACGGGCUGCUUGAUGCCAGGGAGGGCGCUGCCUGCGAGCUGUUGUUAUUGUACGACACCGCGGGUGGCCAUGGGUUGACGACCGCCCGCCGGAGCUCAAUUCCUGACGUCGGAUUCGGAUUUGCCGCACCGUUGCUGGCGCUGGCGGCGGCAAAGGGGUUUGUGCUGAUGCCCCGUGCCGUCGUCGCCGUCGCCAUCGAAUGCUCCGCCGCCAAAGACGGCGGUGGCGGCGGCGGUUGUGCAAACGAGCCAAAAACCGUAUUCGCAAUCCCCAGCAGCCCCGACCCUGCCGCUGGCGCUCCCGAUGAUUGUGUUGUUCUCAUCGUGGUGGUUGCUGCCGUUGUCGCCGUUGUCGUUACUCCAGAGGCAGCUCGCCGCAUUGCUGGCGGCGGCGGCGUUCUGCCAGUCUUGGAGCGCUUGGUUGAUGACGUCCGUCGCCGCCAGUACGGCAGACAGACUCCCCGAGUCCUCACAACGCUGGGUGUAAUCCUAAAGACGACAUGGGACUGA